AUGGUUGAAAGGGAGAUAAGUCCAAUUGACUUUGUAGAGGAAAGGUCGAAGGAGAUUCAAUCCAUUGAAGCAGCUAUCGAAACAAAUAGAAAAAAGUCGAUGAUGUUCCAAAGGCUGCCUUUUUAUCUAAGACGGAGACUCAGGAGCCAUGAGAAACGCACAAGGAAGAAGAACCGGAUGAGAAAAAAGGAUAGACAUGGAUUAAGGACACAUGUAUGGUAUGCGAAGAGGUUUGAGAUGUUGAAGGUUUGGAAUACAUCUAUUCCCUUGAGGAGACGGAUGAAGAGUAGUAAGUUUAUCUACAAAUCACAAAAGAAAAGAGGAUUUGUGUUUGAUGAAUCCUACAAAGACAUUGUGGUGUAUAAGAGGCCGGAUGUAGAGAUUUCAGGAAUAGAUUUUAGUCUUGGGGAUGUAGUUCAAAGGAUCCAACAGAAGAAUAUAGUUUUUGAAGCAAUUGUUAGUGAAAGGUUUCUAAUAAUCAUUACUUCUGAUCUCGAGGAGAUAGAGUUUGGGAUGAUCCUGGAAGAAUAUGGUAGAAUAGAAUGCUGCUUAUCGUUGAUUCAAGUAGAUGAAUUAUUUCUCGAUGAGGUAAACGAUGAGACCGGAAGACUUACUCGGAUCUUGUCUCAUAAGGAGAAGGGAAAAAUUGAUAGGGCUUUAUCCGACAGAUCCAGCAUGGCUAUAUUUGUUAGAAGUCUCUCGCAAGCCGAGUCUGGGAAGGUACUUCUCAAAAGGAAUAUGGUUAUGAGCUUUUGGCAGGAUAUUGUAAAUGUGGGAAUAAUUCCGAUAUGUAUUGAAGAGCUCCAGAGGCUUGCACUCGAAAAUGAUUACAUGGUUUAUCCAUUUGAUUACUCAACGACUAGACUCUACAAAGACUUUGAACAAUCGUAUACGGAGCCUAUAAAAAGUAAAUAUGAGAGAACACCUAGGUCAAAGAAAAUGGCACUCAAUAUGGACUUGAUGUACAUAUAUACUAGCGAUCCAGUCGUGUUUGCAUCUUUUGAACUUGAGAAGGGCCGUGCCGAUCGGUGUGCGUUCAUUUUCGAUGAGAAUGACACUGUGAUUGGGCGUGUAAUCAGAGGAGGAUUUUGUUUUACAAAAGGAUUAUGCAGGGGGUUAUGCUAUAUAUUGUGCGAUGUUAAAGAAGGUGAUGAGUUUUAUUCUAGAAACCUCAAUUCUCUUUCUUUCAAUCAAAUGAAAAUAACAAAGGUUUUUAGAUGA